AUGUCGGAUGUUGACGAAAUACCUAGCGCUCACACGAUCGAUCUUUUGAGAUGGUGUGAUGGCCCACCACCGAUUCUUCAUCUAAAUUUGAAUAAUUAUUUGCACUCUUUUGAGUUCAGUGUUGAUCACAGCAGUUGGAGGGCUUCAGUACAUCAGUACCAAAAGGGUAAAACACGAUACGCUCAUUACCAACAAACAGAUUAUCUAUUAGCAGAGUCAGGGUGGCAUUGCAGCUUCUGUAUCCGAACAAUUACAGAUUUUGUAUUCAAGAUGAAAGCUUACAGCCACACGGAUCGAGUCAGGUUCUCACACUUUCUUGACCCGAAAAGGAUUCAGAAUGUAAUAUGCAACGGUGAUGACUUGUACGAUAUGCUUCCUGAAGAGCACACGUUUAAGGAUAUCAUAGCGAAAAUAGGUCCAAUUUCUCAUUCUUAUUCAGCAGUCCAUCUUCCAUCAUAUCUAUUAAAAAAUACAGAUGAAUACAGGUAUCUUUUGCCCGGUAAUUGCAUCCGUGAAGCGGGUUGA